AUGGAGACGUUUAAUGUCUGCUGCCUCAACUCAGCGAAAGAUCCCAUCAAAGGCCUUGUCCUGCUGUUUAAUGCGAGCAACUCUUCUUCUCAACAAACUAUCCAUGGAGUUAAUGCAAACAGAUCUGCUCUGUGCUUACAGCAGAUACCCCCCAUUCAAAGCUCCAUUCUAAUUCUCAACAACCUAAGCCUUCUUCACCGCUUCCUUUCAAAGCUCCAUUCCUUAAACAAGAAUAUUCUCAUCAAUAUGUCAGGGACUUGGGAGAAGAGGAAGAACUUCAGCCUCUUUAAACCGCCAAAAGCUAGCAGCAGAUCUUCCAGCGGCCACGAAUCCCUCGAGCCCCAAAAUCGGAAGAGUAUAACUCCUCCGAGACAUCCAAUCUCACCAACCGAUAAACCACCAUUAAUGAAAGAUUGGAUGGAUAACUACUAUCCCUCCCCAGUUCUAUUUAACCUCCAGAUUCCCCAAUACCAGUUACCAGAUACCACACCACCACUCAAAAUCUACCUCUUUAAAUCUUGCCCCCUUCCCAUUCAAAAUCUACCCCAAUACCAGUUACCAGAUAGCACACCACCACUCAAAAUCUACCUCUUCAAAUCUUGCCCCCUUCCCAUCCAAAAAGACUCUGCCCUCAACCCUCUGAUGGAGAAUCCGGCAAUGAACAACCUGCUGAGCCAAGAUCCAAACUGGGAAGCCGAGGAUUAUGAGGCAGUCUUCACCGAUGAGAUUCCUCAGCCUUCUGGUGGUACUCUCCUCCGCCUUGUGGGGCGUAUUUUUGGAGAUAGGGAAGUCAGUAAGCGAGCCAUAGUGGGAAUGAUUAAUGGGGCCUGGUCCCAUUUCUGUGAGCCAACUAUCCGAGAAGUGCAUAAAUCCAGGAACACAUUCAUCUUCAUCUUCAACCUCAAGGAAGAAAUGGACCGUGCCUGGGAAGGGAGGCCAUGGCAGGUUUCAGGGAACACCCUUCAACUGAAGCAAUGGGUGGAUUCUGUUCGGCCGCAAAACGUCAACUUUGACUUGGCCGAUUACUGGAUCCAAGUGCAUGGUAUACCUGAUCACAAGCGUACUGUCUCCAAUGUUGAAGCGGCAGUUGCAAUGUUCCCCAAAAUCCAUGGCAUUGACAUGAGAGGUCUGAACCCAGAUAAGUACAUGGAAUUCAUCCGGGUGUUUAUUCAGGCUGAUAUAACCCGCCCCCUCCCCCCUGGUUCCUACUGCACCACCAAUGGAGUCAGAGAAUUGCUUGGUUUCAGAUAUGAAAAACUUUACAUCCUCUGUUACUACUGCGGAAAACAGGGGCACGGCAAACAGGAGUGUCCAAAGAAGAGGCAGGAUGUUGAACAAGGAUUAGCUGCUGCUCCCGAAGGCAGAUUCACUCCAUGGAUGAAAGCAGGGACUAGAGCUACUCGUCCUCCCCCUCCUCCCAGAGGCAGAAUCGUCCACAACUCUCCAGGCGAUGCCGGAUCGAGCACGGGAUCCCCAGGAUUCGUUCAAAACCAACUCUGGAUUCCAGGAAGGGAAUCACCGGCCACCGGAAAUUUCAUUCCAGGAUCCCCGAUGACUCCCUCUACCGACGGCCGCGACCUUGGUAUCCGGGGCCCACCGGGUUUCACACCCCACCGUUUCCCAACGGACCUUUCUGCGGCAAGUCCGAGGUCGGUCUCGGGGCUCACCCCACAACGGAACUUUCCUCCACAUCAGAUGCCCUAUGGAACAACACACUAUCUCCCUCCUUCUGUCAAUGUCCGCUCAUCCCCCACUAUUGCUCGAAACCUAACGGCGGAAAUGGAGGCAGCCUCAUCUUGGGCCCACCUAUACCCUUACCAAGCUGAUUUCUGCAAUGGGCCUUCACAAGCCCAUCAAUACCAGAUGGGGAUAAAUAUAUAUCAGCCGCCUCUCAGCAUAAAAGCUAACCAGAUCCAGCCCAACCAACAGCAUGUCUCCCAAAUUGUUGAAGAUCUGGGUAUUAAGCUUGACCUCAACAGAAGGCCCAACGAUUUUGAGGCUUCUUUCCCUGCAAAUAGACUUGAGGAAGGCCAAGCUGAACCUAAGAAGAGGAAACAAGGCCAGCCUUUAGACUUCUCAUGGCCUAUGUUCACUCCAGGAGAAGGCCCCAGCAAGCCUAGCAAGCCCAGAAAUGCUAGAAUUAAGGUAAAGGGACGUAAACAGCAGGUAACAGCAGGAGAUGAAAAACCAGAAUUUUUUGAAGAGACAGAAGAAGCUCUCAAACAAUCACAGGUUUCUAACUCUGAGGUGAAGGUGGCCAGCCUUAAGCCACCAGGGUUAGAAUGA